AUUAAACCUGGCUGCAGUCGCUCCGGUUACUACUAAUGGCGCGGCCCUACUAAGCACUUUAUCUCUAUUUGUUUUCUUUCGUCACGCAAUGACAGCUCCAAUCGCCAGGGAGGGGCGCUCGCGAGGGUGUGCCCGUGUCUCGAGGGUGCGCCACCUGACGCGCAGGUAAUUCGUCGCGUAGUCAGAGCGGGGACUGCGACGGGCAGAGAAGCUGCUUAAGCUUGAGAGCGUACUUGGUGCAAGUUUCUUUCGGUUACUCUAUUCGACUGACGAAUUGUUUUUGUUUCACUGCUGUGUCUUGUUUUUGAAUCCGUCUUCACACGUUGUUACCCGCCGGACUUUGGCAGUUCAACAUGUCCAUCAUUAACACCGUCCCGCUGAGGGUGGCCACCGGAACCCCGGUGUCUCCACUCUCUCCAGUUCAUUCUCCCAUGACGCCAAUUUACUUGGUAAACGGGGGGACCGGGAUGGGAAACGUGGUCUAUGAGACGGUGCAGUAUCUGGUGCCAGUGGAGAGGAAGGCAGACAUCAUGCAGGAGACUUACGUGGUAAUGGAUAAUCAACCGCGACAGCAGCAAUUCUUCACUGCCGCGCCGAACUUCAGCUCGAGCUCGAGCACGACCGAGAGAGUCCUGAUGCAGCAACAGGAGGAACAUACAUCUUCAGCAACAAAAAAUGUUAGCUUUUCAGAGCGGAACACCUGCAGCCAGAGCUCCAGUCCUAUGCGAAGUCCAGUUCUCAGUCCUGCUGUGAGUGAUGUCAACAUCCAGUCAAAAGUUUACCAGAGUUCUCAGAGCUCCCAGAGUUCACAAGAGCCGGCUGACAGUUUUGCUGAUAAACUAGACACUCGCUUUUUUGGAGAAUUACUCGCUGAGCUGCAUAGAAAGAACACCGAGGUCUAUAACUGUAUCUCUGAGCAUGUGGAUAAAAUCCGGGGAAGGAAACACCAUUUAGAUUCAAGUAUUGACUACAAGGAAGUUAGUGAAGAUAUUGAGUCUCUAAUACCAAAGGGAGUGUCACAACUGACAAAACAGCAGAUCCGUUAUCUUCUCCAGAUGCGAACACUGUCAGACAAAUCUCUGCGUUUACUUCUUACUACCUUCAGCAGUCUUAAAGAAGAACUGAUCCACUUACAGGAUGACCUAAGAAGAUUGGAAACUGAAAAGGAAACACUAGAAAGAGACCUGGCGUUCAAAGUGGGACAGGCAGGGCAGUAUGAAAAACUCCUGGCCUCUGUGCGUGAUAAUAACCGACAGCUACAACAAUCUUUAAAGGAUAGCAGUUCAGGAAAUCGAAGUUUGGAGUCAAUGAUUCUGACUUUGAGGAAUUCUGAUGCUGAUAAAGAUUACCGUGUAAAAGAACUUGAAUGUAGCAAAAGAGUUCUGGAACAAGAAAAUGACUUACUGAGACAACAGGUUUCUGGCCAAAGUCUCAGCCCAAGUUUCCAAAGCAAAACAGAUGAAGCAUCUAAACUGUACAUGGAAAUGAUUAGCAACCUACGUGAGGAGAAGGACAAGGAGCUUCAAGCCUUGCGGGCUCAGCUUAGUUCAGCGCAGCAGGAAUACUCCGCUAAAUCAGGCAGUGACAUGUCCCUUCAACAUAGACUAACAGAGCUUUUGGCAUCACUGGAAGAGAAGGAAGCCACAAUUAAAAGACAGACAGAUGAAAUUCGCAGGAUGCAAACUGAAAACAGUGAAUCUCUGAGACAAUCAAAAAGUGUUACCAGGACAGAAGUCACAAGAAGAUACCAGACUCAGUAUCCUAUUCUUGGCCUUUUGUCUGACGAGUAUCAAUAUUCUGCUCCUGUUAAAGAAUACAAGACCACUGUCGUUAAGCGGACCUUAUAAUAACACAAGAAUGUCUCCUUCAGAACUGAAAGCCUGCUUAUUUCUUGGUGGACUGCAGGAGCUGUGACAGGAGCUGUGACUUGAACGUCCGCCUUCAUCUUCUUCUUUCACUAUGACUGCAUUGUGCUUCAAUUUAGAAAGGCUGUGAAUACGAGCAAAAAUUGCAUUACCCGAGAACCACAGUUAAUGUAACCGAAUCUGCAUCAGUAAGUGAGGGCAGCACAUUUUAUAAAAGGGGGAUCAUCAUUUAGAAGUAAGAGGGGUAGUGAUUUGAGUUUUGUCUUAAUUUAAAAUGUUUAACUGCUAGUAGUAUCUACAGUAUAACAGAGGGUGUGCAUUACUAUGGGUGAAUCUAUGUUUUCUGCAUGUAGUAAAAAUAAGGGGAGUGGGAAUUAAAAAAAAAAAAAAAACACCACAAGACCCCCGAAUGAAGCCUAGUUACAGUGAGUAAGGGAAUAAACAGCUGAGUGCUCAAAUAAAGCAGAUCAAACGUAACGGUCUGAUGUGCCCGUCUAGAGCAUUCACUCUGGCUGAGACAGCAACGGAAAACAGGCAGGCCAGUCUAAAGUAUGCUCUGCAGACGGGUGAGCCAAGUCUCCAUUACACACUGCAAAGUGCACGAUGUCAGAGAGCCUUCUCUUAAAGGCACUGUAAAGCGUCAAUUUCAGACCGAGAUUGAAGACCCAAGUUGUGAUCAAACUGAUCGCUUGUUACCAGUGUUCUAAGUUGUGUGAUGCUUGUUUUUUAGUCUGUUUAAAUUGCGGGUAUCCGUCUAAAUAAGGCAAAAACAUUAAAAACAUACCAAAUACAGCUAUCAGUUUUGCUUUCAGUAGUAACCACGCUUUAGUGGACAUAAAAGACAAAAUUCAUUCAAGUACUAUGAAUGUACAGUCACACUUCAAACAGCCUGUAAGACAAGUCUGUCCCAGCCAUUGGAGGGGAUCUGUGAAUUGUGCAGGUAAUUGAGCUGGAGCAGGGGGCUACGUGAAUGUGAACCAGCGGGCAUCGCCAGUUGCUUCCAGUGUUGUGUACAUUGAGUUUGAACCGCUCCAGGAAAGUGUGCCGUGCAUGUUUGUGGUGUUUUGAAGGUCAUGUUCAUUUAAAUAAAGAUGGUUCAGUCACGA